AUGGCCGUGGCUGACCACUCAACCGUUAGCCGCAAUAAAACCUCUGAAUACAUCUUCUCCCCUGCCUCCACUGCAUAUUACCCCCUAUUACAGUCUUCUCAGCAGAAUCCAAGGUGGAUAAAUUCCACUCUUUCCAAGCCUCUUUUCAUCAUCACACCUUACGCUGAAUCCCAAAUCCAAGCCGCCGUUGUUUGUGCCAGAAACCAUGGACUCCAAGUCAGGGCUCGAAGCGGAGGCCAUGACUAUGAAGGCCUUUCCUACCUCUGCACCACCCGGUUCGUGCUAGUCGACCUCCUAAAUCUCCGGUCAGUCGCCCUUGAUCCCGAAAAGGGGACCGCUUGGGUGCAGUCUGGGGCCACGCUGGGAGAGCUUUACUAUAGCAUUGCCAAGAACACUGCCCGAACUUAUGGCUUUCCGGCAGGGCUAUGUCCUAGUGUUGGCAUUGGAGGCCACUUCAGCGGGGGAGGCUUUGGAACCAUGUUGAGAAAGUAUGGCCUGGCUGCUGACAAUGUUGUCGAUGCUCGAUUCGUCAAUGUUUAUGGAAGAAUUCUUGACAGGGAAGCAAUGGGGGAAGAUGUGUUUUGGGCUAUCAGGGGAGGUGGAGGAGCCAGCUUUGGGAUCAUACUUUCCUGGAAAAUCAAGCUCGUUCGGGUUCCAUCCCUCGUCACUGUCUUUACCAUCGACAAGAGGCUGGAAGAAGGCGCCACCGGGCUGGUCCUGCGGUGGCAAAACGUCGCUCAUAAGCUGCCGGAGGAUCUCUUCAUCAGAGUCAUCAUCCAAGAUGAUGGUGGAGAGAGUUUAGCCUCACAGAAGACCGUAAAAACGUCCUUCAACUCUCUGUUUCUUGGAAGAAAAGAUGAGCUGAUCCCAAUUAUGAACAAGAGGUUCCCUGAAUUAGGCUUGCAGGCCAAGGAGUGCACAGAAAUGAGUUGGAUCGAAUCGGUUCUGUACUUUGCAGGGUACCCCAGAGGCCAGCCCUUGGAGGUUUUACUCAGCCGGACUACCCUUUACAAGACCUAUUUCAAGGCAAAGUCAGACUUCGUAAAAGAACCGAUCCCGGAAACAGGGCUGCAGGGCAUCUGGGAAAGGAUUCUAGAGGAGAAGCUGGUGUUCAUGAUAAUGGAUCCCUAUGGAGGAAAAAUGGAUGAAAUUUCAGAAUCAGAGCUGCCAUUUCCGCACAGAAAAGGGAACCUGUACAACAUACAGUAUCUAGUGAAGUGGGAAGAGAAUGGCUUCAAGGCAACAAAGAAGCAUGUGAACUGGAUCAGAAUGCUGUAUCAGUACAUGGAGCCAUUUGUCUCGAAUUCUCCCAGAGGUGCAUAUCUGAAUUACAGAGAUCUUGAUCUGGGAAUCAACCGGCGAGGCCGUGGCGGCGGCAACUACUCGGAAGCACAAGCGUGGGGAAGAAAGUACUUCAAGGGCAACUUGGAGAGGCUGGCAAUGGCGAAGGCCAUGGUUGAUCCAGAGAACUUCUUCAGAAAUGAACAGAGUAUUCCUGUGCUUCCCACAGGGAGAAAAAAUGUAAUAUAG